AUGGAUCCGUACGCACGGCGGCUUGUCCUUUUUCGGCAGACGGGCGUUUGGGGCGGGCGGGGGAGAAAAAAGUGUGUGGGGGGGGAGAAUUGGGGUCGUCGCGGCUGCCUGCUUCUCGAGCGUGUGCGCCAUCGUGGUUUCCCGGGGCAACCGACUGCGGAGACGUCAGCGACUCCCCGAGCCCCCGAAGGUUUCUCUGCCACGCGGAAGAGAGGGAGAGAUGUGCCGGGCGCGCAGCGAGCGCCGAGGCAAUCCCGCGCCUCUGCGGCAAGCGGAGGCUGCGCCACCCAAGGAGCCGCCGCCGCCGCCGCGUCCCCGCCAGGCGCACCCUUCCCCUUGGACGAGGAGGCCGGGCAACGAUCCCAAACGCCGGCGCCUCCAGCUGCGUUUCGCGCCGGUGGCCAGACCAGACGCGCUGGUGAGGAGCAGAGGGCAGAGUCCCCAGAUGGAGCUUUGCGCCCGGGGCACUCCAAGUCCGACUUAAGUCACCCCCGGGACCUCGGGCCGCCGGCCGAAGCGCGCCUCUCCCGCUCCACGGAGCCGCCGGCCUCCCUCUCGGGGCCGGGGAGGCACCUGGUCAUGGAGGGAUCCGCGCUGCUGCUCCUGAUAAACGGCUCGGUGCUGGGGCGCAAUGAGAGCGGCGGCGGCCAGGUGUCUGUGCCGGGGGCCCCGUCAGAGGCGGAGGCGGCGUGGGGCUGGUCCGGGGCGUCGCUCGCGUCGCAGGCGCUGCUGCUGCUGCUAAUCUUCGCGCUGUCGGCGCUGGGCAACGGCGCCGUGGUGGUGGUGAUCGCGCGGCACCGGCCUCUGCGCACGGUCACCAACGCCUUCGUGCUGUCGCUGUCGCUGUCGGAGCUGCUGGGCGCCGCGCUGUGCCUGCCGCCCGCCUUGGUCAGUCUGCUCAGCGGGCGCCCCCACGGGGCUUGGCUCUUCGGGCCGCGCCUGUGCCUGGCCAGCGCCGCCGCGCACGCCGGCCUGGGCAUCGCUGCCACGCUCACCAUGGCGCUGCUCUCCUUCGACCGCUACUGCGCCAUCGUCCGCCAGCCGAGGCGCAAAAUGGGCCGUCGGAGGGCCGCGCAGCUCCUGGCCGCCGUCUGGCUGGCUGCGCUAGGCUUCUCGGGGCCCUGGUACCUGCUGGGCCGGAGGGAGGACGAGGAAGAAGAGGAGGAAGCGGGGCCUGAGGCAUACCACUGCAUGUAUGCCCUGCCCUGGGGCUCCUCGCGCCUGGGGCCCCCCUACGGCGCCGCACUGAUCGUCCUGUGCUACCUGCUGCCCUUCGCCCUCAUGUGCUUCUGCCACUACAACAUCUGCCGCGCAGUACGGCGCUCGGAGAGCAGGGUGCGCCCCCUCACCACCUACGGGCACCUGCUGCGCUACUACGGCGAGAUGCGGACCGCCACCACGGUGCUUAUCAUGAUCGUCUCCAUCAUCUGUUGCUGGGGGCCCUACUGCGUCCUGGGCCUGGCCGCCGCCACGGGGCACGUCUCCUUUUCACCCGCUGUGGACACUGUGGCCUGCUGGAUGGCCUGGGCCAACGGAGCCAUCAACCCCCUCAUCUACGCCGCCCGGAACCCCAACAUCGCCAUGCUGCUCGGGCGCAACCGGGAAGGGGGGUACAGAACGAGGGGCCAUGUGGCUGCGGUGGCGCUGGCUGCCACCCAAGGCCGCCGCCUGGAGGGCAAGAGCCGGGCUGAGCGGUACGCCAGCCAUGGCAGCGGAGGCACCGUGGGGAGCACCCUCAGCUCCUCCAGCCCGGCCAGCGGAGGGGAAUUGGGGGUGUGGGCGUGCAGGAACCCAGCGCUGCUCUUCUGUCGGGAUGGGUGGCCGGACACUGCUUCCGAAGGCGGCUUGCAGCAGCAAGGAAAAACGGGCGCUGCCGAUACCAGCCUGUGA